CAAUUUCCCGUGACCCGUGUCCGUUUGCCUUAGCUUUCAUUUCAUAUAUAUAUAUAUAUAUAUAUACAUGUCAGUCUCUCCCCCUGCAGCCUUCACCUUCCACUUCAGCUUCAUUCCACUUCCACUUGGAUCGAUCGAUCGCAUAUGGCGGUACUGUGGUGGUGGUCAUCGUCCUGCUUGUCCUCCCGCGCCGUCGCUGCUGCGCUGCUUUGCCUGCUGGUGGCUCACGGCAGCGAUGGAACCAGGCACAACAGCAACAAUGGCGGUGGUAGUGGUAGUUCCAGCAGCAGCAAGAGCCACAAGCAAGGCGGAGGGGGACGAGCCCAUGCCGCGCCGACGACACCGUCUCCGUAUCCGUCUCCGUCUCCGGCGGCUGGCAACAACAGCAGCAGCGACGACGGGUGGCUGAACGCCCGUGCGACAUGGUACGGUGCCCCGAACGGUGCUGGUCCGGACGACAACGGCGGCGCGUGCGGCUUCAAGGGCGUGAACAUGCCACCUUUCUCGGCGAUGACGUCGUGCGGCAACGAGCCAAUCUUCAAGGACGGCAAAGGAUGCGGGUCCUGCUACCAGAUCCGGUGCAAGGCCCACCCUGCGUGCUCCGGCGUGGCGGAGACGGUGAUCAUCACGGACAUGAACUACUACCCGGUGGCCCCCUACCACUUCGACCUGAGCGGCACUGCCUUCGGGGCCAUGGCAAAAGACGAGCACAACGACGAGCUAAGGCACGCAGGAAUCAUCGACAUCCAGUUCAAGAGGGUUCCCUGCCAGUACCCUGGUCUGACGGUGACCUUCCACAUCGAGCGUGGCUCCAACCCCAACUACCUGGCGGUGCUGGUGGAGUACGAGAACGGCGACGGCGACGUGGUGCAGGUGGACCUGAUGGAGUCCAGCCCCGACGACGGCGAGCCCACCGGCGUCUGGGAGCCCAUGCGCGAGUCCUGGGGCUCCAUAUGGAGGAUGGACACCCGCCGGCCGCUGCAGGGGCCCUUCUCGCUGCGCGUCACCAACGAGUCCGGCAAGACGCUGGUGGCGGACCAGGUCAUUCCGGCAGACUGGCAGCCCGACAACGUCUACAGCUCCAUCGUCCAGUUCGAGUAGCAGUAUAUGCCAUGCGUCGUACAUAUAGAUAUAUAUACACUACACACACAACGCGGUGUCAGCAGUAAUUUAAGCAAGUAUAUGCAUCAUCAUUAAUUCCAUGGACGGAUCGGAUCGAUGAUAUAUAUGUACGUAAAGAUAGACAGGCAUAAGACGACGUCUCUACCUAGCUAGCUAUAGCUGCUGAAUACAUACAUAUACUUGUCGAUCGAGACGUCGCUUGUGACGUCCGUCCAGUGCAUUAUGAAUCAUCUUCGAUCGAUCUGUUGUUGGAUUAUACAUGCUAUAUAUUCGUGAUAAAGCUUUACCCAA